CCAAGCUGGUCCGGGCCACCUAGGCUUGCGGGAUCUCUUAGCUGGUGCGGUGCUUGGGUGCCGGGGUUUCCCGGCGCGCCCGGAUGCCGAGCCCGGGGCUUCUGGUGCUCUUCGGCAGCCAGACAGGCACGGCCCAGGAUGUGUCGGAGAGGCUGGGUCGCGAGGCUCGGCGCCGGCGGCUUGACUGCCGGGUGCAGGCCCUGGACUCCUACUCGGUGGUGAAUCUGAUUAGUGAGCCCCUGGUGAUAUUUGUUUGUGCAACUACAGGCCAAGGAGACCCCCCUGACAACAUGAAGAACUUCUGGAGGUUCAUAUUCCGGAAGAAUCUGCCACCGACUUCCCUCUGUCAGAUGGACUUUGCUGUUCUGGGCCUCGGGGAUUCCUCUUACGCCAAGUUCAAUUUCGUGGCCAAGAAGCUGCACCGACGGCUGCUGCAGCUUGGGGGCAGCGCCCUCCUGCCUGCGUGCCUGGGAGAUGACCAGCAUGAGCUGGGGCCCGACGCUGCUAUUGACCCCUGGCUGCACGAUCUGUGGGAGAAGGUGCUGGGGCUCUACCCGGUGCCCCCUGACCUUGGCGUGAUCCCCCCCGGAGUCCCUUUGCCCUCCAAGUUCACCCUCCACUUCCUUCCGGAGGCCCCCAAGAUGUGCUCUGAGGAGCAGCAUGUGGCCGGUGCAGAUCCCCCAGGUCCCCCUUCAGAGCAGCAGCCCUUCCUGGCACCCAUGGUCACCAACCAGAGGGUCACCAGCCCCUCUCACUUCCAGGACGUACGGCUGAUCGAGUUUGACAUCACAGGCUCUGGGCUCAGAGCAAGGGAGGGUGAGGAGGGGGAGCCAGCGGGGGAACCGGGGCAGGAGGAAUGCCCCAUCUGCACAGAGCCCUACGGGCCCAGUGAGCACCGCCUGGCGCUGCUGAACUGUGGCCACGGCCUGUGUGUGGACUGCCUGCACCAGCUGCUGGUCGCGGCCCCCAGCGCCGACCUGGGCCGGGUCUGCUGCCCGCUCUGUCGCCAGAGGACACCCAUGCUUGAGUGGGAGAUCUGCCAGCUGCAGAAGGAGCUGCUGCAGGCGGACGGGCCCCAGGGCCCACGGCCCCCCACGCCCCCUGCACCUGCCCGCCGCGGCCCUGGGCCCUGGGCGUCCCUGGAGCACCGGUACCAGCUCCGCUUCCUGGCAGGACCCGUGGGCGGCCGGGGCUGCCUGCCUUUCCUACCCUGCCCGCCCUGCCUGGGUGCCCGGCUCUGGGCCUUGCGGGAACGGGGACCCUGCUCCCGCCGCCUAGUGCUGCUGGGCCUGCUGGCCCUUGAGCUGCUGGGGCUGCUGCUCAUUUUCACGCCGCUCAUGCUGCUGGGGCUCCUCUUUAUGCUGCUGGACCUAGGCAUGCCUCUGGCUCACAAGUGUAACCAGGUUGUGCUCAACGCUGACAGGCUCAAAGAGGAUGAUGUGACCAUGAGGCUGAGCUGGGCCAUGGACCCACAUGAGAUGGUCGUCAAGAACCCGUAUGCUCAUGUCAGCAUCCCUCGGGCUCACCUGCGGCCUGAUCUGGGGCAGCGGCUGGAGACGGCUCCUCCUUCCUUGGGGUCCCAGCCUCUGCCUGUGGGAUCCUGCACCUCGGAGCCCACCGGGCUCCUGCAGCCCUCCGAGGAGGCUCCAGGGAGCAAGGGGGCCAAGGGGACCACCCGGGUCCAGGGCCAGCAGAGCUGGCGGCAGCCCUGCAACCCCUACAGCGGUGGGCAGCGCCCGGCAGGACUGACCUACGCCGGCCUGCCACCCAUCGGGCGCGGGGAUGACAUCGCCCACCACUGCUGCUGCUACUUCUAUUGGGAAUCUGAGUGGUUGGAGCUGGAGAGGAAGGGCUGCCUGACCCUCUUCACAGCCUUCUCCCGGGAACAGGAGCGGAAAGUGUACGUGCAGCACAGGCUCCGGGAGCUCGGGCCGUUGGUGUGGGAGCUGCUGGACCGCCGAGGCGCCUACUUCUACCUGGCGGGCAAUGCCAAGGGCAUGCCAGCAGAUGUGUCAGAAGCCCUGACGUCCGUCUUCCAGGAGGAGGGUGGGCUCUCCGGCCCUGAUGCAGCCAACUACCUUGCCAGGCUCCAGCGGAUGAUGCGUUUCCAGAGUGAGACGUGGGCCUAAGAAGCCAUCCUGCCAGCCUUGGCCACUCUAAACGCUGCCCUCUGGGGGGCUACUGUCACCUUCCACCCUAUCCCCUGCACAGCCUCACUUCAGUCAACCUGGGGUCC